UCGUUUAUAAUGUGCAAAAGGGAGUAGUAUAGAACGCAGUAAGCUUGCCACGGGAAAAGACUGAGAAAGAGAUGUUUGAAUAGUAAUUACAAAAUAAUAGUAAUAAAAACUUAAGACUUAACAUUCUAGUAGGAAACGCAGUUGGAAUGGAAUGGCGUUGUAUUUAAAUACAGACGAUUGCUACGUUGCUGUGGAAACUUUCAUUGCACAUUAGAUAAACUUAAAAAAAUAAAUAAAUCUUGUAUGCAUUACCGGGAACGUCUUGUGACUCGGAAAAGUGUGCUGUUAUGACUGAUUCGGCUGUCAGCUGUGGUUCGGUCGUGUCGGACCCAAAACAUUCGUGCAAGGUGCUCCGGGCCCUCCGUUCAUUCCGGGAGGAAAAUUGUUUCCAAGAUGCGGUACUUGUUCUCGACGGAGAAGAGAUUCCGGUCCAGAAAAACAUCUUGGCAGCCGCCAGCCCUUACAUAAGAACUAAACUGAAUUACAACCCUCCGAAGGAAGAUGGCUCUGUGUAUAGGAUUGAGCUUCAGGGGAUCUCUGUCAGUGUAAUGAAUGAGCUUCUGGACUACAUCUUCUCUGGCCAGAUCCGACUCAGUGAAGAGACCAUCCAGGACAUUGUGCAGGCAGCGGACCUGCUGCUCCUCACUGACCUCAAGACCCUGUGCUGCGAGUUCCUGGAGGGCUGCAUCGUGGCAGAGAACUGCAUCGGGAUCCGUCAGUUUGCGCUGCACUACUGCCUUCAUCACGUGCACUACCUGGCCACAGAGUUCCUGGAGACGCACUUCAGGGACGUGAGCAGCACUGAGGAGUUCCUGGAGCUGAGCCCAGAGAGACUCAAAGAGAUCAUCGCCUUGGAGAAACUCAACGUGGGCAAUGAGAAAUACAUCUUCGAAGCAGUGGUCAGGUGGAUAUCGGAAGAUGUGGAAGCCAGGAGGGUGUUCAUGAAAGAUGUGAUGUCAGAGGUGUGGGUGCACGGCUUGGACUCGACCUACCUGCGAGAUCAGAUGAUGGCUGACCCCCUGGUGCGAGAUGUCAUCCGGGAGUGUAACAACAUCCCCCUGAGCCCAACACAGCACGGAGAGACCCAGCUCGCCACCUUCAAGCCCCGCGGCUACUCCGAGUGCAUCAUCACACUGGGAGGGGAGGACAGGGCCACUCGCAAGCCAUCUAAAGUCAUGCGCUGCAUGUGCCCGCUGUAUGAUCCAAACAGACAGCUCUGGAUAGAGCUGAUGCCCAUGAGCGUUGCGAGAUUCAGCCAUGGAGUGCUGGCUGCAGAGGGCUUACUGUUUGUGGUUGGAGGACUGGAUGAAAAUAAAACUUCUCUCAACUCAGGGGAAAAGUAUGACCCUGAUACCAACACCUGGAGUGCCAUUUCACCUAUGCUUGAGGCCAGGCACAACUUUGGGAUAGUGGAGAUUGAUGGAUUGAUUUACGUCCUGGGAGGGGAGGAUGGAGAGAAAGAGAUGGUCUCAAUCGAGGUGUACGACAUUCACACCAACAUCUGGAAGACGCAGUCCGACAUGACCAUGGUUCGGAAGAUUGGAUGCUAUGCAACCAUGAACAAGAAGAUCUAUGCAAUGGGUGGAGGCUCUUAUGGGAAACUCUAUGAAUCGGUGGAGUGCUACGACCCAAAGACGCAGCAGUGGACAGCUAUCUGCCCUCUGAAGGAAAGGAGAUUUGGAGCCGUAGCCUGUGGCGUGGGACAGGAGCUUUAUGUGUUUGGAGGGGUACGUAGCCGGGAGACAGACCACCCCCAAACUACUGAGAUGUUGACCUGCAAGUCUGAGUUCUACCAUGAUGAAUACAAAAGAUGGAUGUAUUUGGACGACCAGAACCUUUGCAUUCCUACCAGCUCCUCUUUCGUAUAUGGAGCUGUACCAAUUGGGGCCAGUAUCUAUGUAGUUGGUGAUCUAGACACUGGUACCAGCUAUGAUUAUGUGCGGGAGUUCCGGAGAAGCACAGGGACCUGGCACCGAACCAAACCUUUGCUGCCCUCAGACCUGCGACGCACCGGCUGUGCUGCGCUUCGCAUUGCCAACUGCAAGCUCUUCCGUCUCCAGCUGCAACAGGGGCUGUUCCGAAUCCGGGUCCCAUCGUAAGACCCCUGCUGGGUACAGACCAUAAUGCAAGGCAUCCAAACCAGUUGUACUCCUAAAAGCUUUGCUUCGGUAUGUUAACAGAGAAAACUUCAGGGACUGUGGGGAAUACCUGAAUCUUAAGUAAUCCGCUGAUGUUAUAAGUCAUUUGUAAUCCUGCAUUUGGGAAUAGGAUUUGUUUGUAAACUAAGACACUUGUUUUUUAGCAAGCAUCAAUUUUGCAAAGAUGAAGUGGGAUUUUUUUUUUCAUUAUUAUUUUAUUUUAAUUAUUAUUAUUACUUUAAUUCCAGUAUGCAGAUAUUUAUAUUUUAAUUGGUUCACUAGACUUUGUUGCCUUUUCUGAAUCUGUUUCAUACUGGCUGAGGCUAGGGUUGCACCUGUGCUCCUGGAGUAGUUUUGGGUUUUACUCCUUCCUGAAUUUGUCUGUGUGGUUUGCAAAUUUUCUAACUUAUGUAUUGAAUUAUUUUUGGCUUGUAAAUGUUUAGACUUGAACAGGCUUGGCAGAGAUUACUGGCGUGGUUUUCAAAGUGUUUUCUUAACAGUGUUAAACUUUGUUCCUGGAGCUCGUAGGAUUGUCAUGUAAAGUAAUUGCAGCAAACAAAACAGGCCCAUGAAUUUCCUCUGCCAUGCACUUCUGUUUAUAUGUGCAGUUUUGAAAGAAACACAACAUUUCAAAACAUGAUAUCUGGUACAACACUAGGUCAAGAAAUCUCUUGUUUGCAGAGGAGGUGUCAGCGGUAUGCGUGUGUUUUUAAAAUUAAAAUACAUGUUUCUUUAAAAACUGCACAUUUCAGAUCUAUGUAGCUAAUGGAAGUGCAAAAUGGGUAAGAUUAUAAUCUCUACUCUGUAGCUGAACUUGGUUAAUAGCUGUAGGACUUGGUAUGGGUUAUAGGUGGCUGUAAUGCAAUCAUUACAAUACAUCCUAACAUACAUGUGGGUCCAGAUGUAUUAAUAUGCAAAGUUGUAAGUUUUUUUUUUUCAAUUAAACCAUGUGUAUUUUUUUUAUUUUGCAUAUUUGGGAUGCAUGUUUUUUCCUUUUUUUUUUUUUCUUUCAUGAUUUUGGAAUUGGAAGAUAUCCAUGAUUAUACUAAAUGGAAGGGCCUGGAAAGUAUAUGCCAUUGCUGUAUUGUCUGCAAAUUAUAAUACUUAAGAUGAAAACAUACUGUUGCAAAAAAAAAAAAAUACAUAUUAAAUAAAGACAUCAUUAAUAAUAAAAUACAAAUACACAAAAAAUAAAACUUAAAUGGUACUUUCAACAAUACUAGAGUUCAAACUUAACUGUCCCAUUGUUCCUGAUAGCUUGUCUUUGCAAAGUUACAGUAUUGCAAAUGUACCAAACAAAUACAAUGUUUACAGUUGAAGAAUGUGUAAAUAUUGGUGU